CGAUUUACAUAUCUCGACGUCGCGAAACACCUCUCGAUUGCUCACGCAAAUCGGCGCAAAGUUUUAAAGUCUGCAGAUUGAAGCGGUUUCUGCAAAUUUGAGCUGCCAUGCAUUGCCGGGUAGAAAAGAUCUUAUUUUUCGUAUUUAAUUUGAUGUUGAUAUCCAUUGUACUAUCAAAAAUGGCGAACUCGGAUAUCGCAGAAAUAUUACAUCGGCCAAUCAGAAGCCUGUCAUUUCCUAAGAACAGUAAUAUGGGCAUCUUUGUCGCUCUCGCGGUGCCGCUCGAAAAUCCACUGAACUCUAUCUCCCUGUCGUACUUUUUCGAGGCUAACUACGUUUUACCGCCGAACAUAACGUACUUUGAGCCCUGGACGGAGCUAAAAAGGAGAAAGCGGACUAUCGACAGAGCCACGAUCUAUCGAGUUCUGGAAAGUAAAUUCGAGAGCUCCGGGAAUCCCGGAAGAGAGUGCCUCCUAAGAGCGAUCUGCGAAACCUCGGAAUAUCCGCUGCGGCACAACGGGAUCAUCGGCGACAUAAUGCACGUGCUUUUCACAGAUCAAAUUACGGCAUUGGCUUUUUUGAUAUGGUGUUUCAUGAAGUCAACACGUGUAUCGGGAGUGAAAAAUAUUACACAUGGUAUAUCGAGACAUGUACGAUCCAUCGGAUUUCCCAAGGGUAGCAAUACGGGGAUAUUUUUCGCCUUGGGAAUUCCCAUAGAUAUUCCCGACCAGUCUAUAUCGAUGGCAUUUUAUUUCGAAGCGAAUUAUGGAUUGCCGUACGAAUGGAAUUCAAGUUAUUUUUACGAGGAAGGUUACUACGCAAAACGCAGUCUUAAUCGCCAAUUAGUGUAUAGGGUGCUUAUAAAUAAAAUGGAAAGCCUGGGUUAUUCUGGAUUAGAUUGUUUGCUGAAAAUGAUUUGUGAAGCUGCGAGAUAUUCUUUAAGCGAAAAUGGAGUACUCGGUGAUAUCCUGCAAAUCAUACUCGCACCCUCCACAUCAAGAAGCGAAAAUCUUCCGAACGAGAUUAUAGAAGCCGAAUACGAGCAGGAUUGCGACCAACGUUACAAAAAAUGCUCUUUGAAUCCUUUAGAUCUAAUAAGCCAUUACGUCAGCAUCAACUGAUGAAUGUAACUUUUUUCAUAAUUAACAUUUAAUUGUUUAUUGAAUCAUACAAAUAUUUGCAAAUAUUAAUAACGCAUUAAUAACUUAUUGUUAAUUCAGAGUUUAUCGAAAAAGAAUCCCAUAAAGUGCCUGUCGCAAGCUUUAUCAGCUGAUAAAGAUGAUAAUAUUUGCGCAAAUGAUGAUAUCAACAAAAAUCUAACAAAUAUAACGAUAAAUACAUUUUGCAACAAGCAAUCAGUAAUCAACAGUACAAAUAGCAGAAAUUGGGAAUAUUUCAAUUUGUUCCUCGUAUGUAACUGCUUUUUGUUGAUUUUCUUUCACCUACUUAUUAUACACAUAUUUAAAACAUCUUUAAAUGCAAAGUUUAUCAUGAGAUUGUUCUUCACAAUGUAAUAAAAUUCAAAUCUAUCGUCGGAAAUAUACAUUAUAAAUAAAAUCUUUUUCUUUUAUUUUCUUUUCAUCUUUAAUCUACUAUCUCGAAAGAGCACGUGAAAAUUACAAAUGUCACAUUAUAUUUGUGCAAGUUACAAGAAUAUUUUGAAUGUUUUCCACAAAAAUGCUACCGUACUAAUCAACGAAUCUGUUUUUCUAUCAUUAUAAACACAUUUAGAUUAAAGAAAACAAAAUUUCGUAGACUACUAUGUACUUUUUUCGCGAAGCUCUUGUAAAGUUAAAUUACAAAUACGAAAAAAAUGUGAUCGAUGCAUUUGAAAAUAUUCUUCAAUAUCGAUUGCAUUUUAAGCAUACCCCCGAAAACUAUACACGCUUUAAUUAGUUAAAUUUUUUUUUUAUUUGAUGAAAUUAUUUAUUUGAUGCAAAUCACUUAAUCUAUUAAAGCUUUUUUGCUAAGAUAUUUCUCUCUUUCUCAAUAGAAAAAUUGUAUGGUUAAUCAUUUAAAAACUAGAGCUAAAUGGAAAUGCCAAUAGCAUUUCAACAGUCUGCGAGAA